AUGCGCGCAAAGGACUUCUGGGGUGUUGUCCCUCUUCCCGCAAAAUUCAACCUUCUUUGGGCCCGUAUCACGCAGACAAAGUGGACGACAAUCUUGUUCUUCCUGUCCCUUGUUCAUUGUGUUCUUCAAGUUGGAUUGCAAGUUGGUGCAUUCUACAAUAACCGCGCAAACGCGGAUAGCUUUGAGAGUGUCAUUGCCGACAAGCGACUGGUCCAAAGGCCAUUUGCCAUACUCGAAUCGAAUGGAGAUGUGACGCUCUGCUCGGAUAUUCCAAAGCGUUUUGGUGGCCCAGACGCGUGUCCAAUGCGGCUCUCGUUCAAUGGUUCCGUCUCGAAGACCUCUCAAUUUGAUCACCACGACGAUGAAGAGGAGGAGGAAGAGCAUCGUGAUCACUCCAAGUUGAAGAGGUUCUAUCUCGAAGUCGACACUAACAGUGACGGCUCCAUUAAAGAUAUUGAGCUCGAGAUGAUCGACCCAAAGAACCCCACCGAUGAAGCAGAGGUCGAUCUCACUUGCAUUCAGACGUUCCCUUGGGCCUACGACGUCAUCCAUGAUGCUACUCGCGAGGACCUCGUCUUCGUAGUCUAUCAAGGCUGGCUCUUCGGUGUCACCGUUGUCGCGAUUCUAUACGAGUCUAUACCGCAUCUGGCGGCGGCCUUUGCAUCGGAGUCCCUCGCGACGGCGUGGUCCAUGUACAAGAUUGCUCGAACUGAGAGUUUCAAGCGCGACUUCCAACGCAUUGUCACCAAUGGAUCUUGCGGAGGCGUCAAUGCUGUAAUCCUCACCUUCAACCUCCUCGCAUUCCUCGGGUAUGGAUUCUUGGCGUUGAAGAUCUACAAGGUGUAUGCGGAGAAGAUGUCCAAGCGAGUCGAGGGGAGACCCGACAUGGAAAGGGCGUACCGCGCGGUACUCUCCUUUUCCACUCUUGUCCACCUCACUGCCUUCUUCCUUAUCACCGGCUCUGGAUUGUUCAUCGACCAGCUAUUCCUCGGUCGCAUCACUGACGUUGCACGUCACGUGGUUGUAUAUGAAGCCGUCUUUCUUAUCCUCAUCUUCUUGACUAUCCCAUGGCUGAUGUUUGGUCUCAUGUCCAUCCGCAAGGAGUCUCGCUGGGGAAUGAUCGCCUUCUUCGUCGUAUCCCUCGGCUUUGUCGUUCUCUGGGGAGUCAUGUUCCACUCGAGCAUCUACCGCUACAUGUUCUUUACGUGGUCGUUCUUUGCCACUAUGAGCAUCUUCGCGUUCUUGCUUCUGAUCUCCAUUCUUGGCCUCUCUGUGUACAUCUUCCUCAAUUUCGGACUCGGUUUGCCGGAGUACCUGCAAGCACCCGAGGUGAACCAUCCUGCGGAUAAGGUUCUUUGGCAGAUCACCUACGACCGCAAAUACUCGCUCGACAAACCGAUCGACGCGGUCAUGUACAAUAACCUUCCACCAACAAACAAUUCCCAAGACUCGCGUUACACACUCUCCCCGAGCCCGGUCUCACUCGAUACCUCGCCCGAGCAUGGUGGCGACCUAGAGAAAGGAACCUCAAAGCCAGUACUCUCCAUCGCAUUGCCAAUCAAGCCAAACGCGGUGUUCACGGAAUCUCCCACCUCUGUCAGGUCGUUGCCCUUUUCAGCUGCUCGGGCAAGUGGGACUGGGAAGAGCCCGGUUGGACUGGCAGGCACAAUGUCCUCACGUCCGAUCAUGCUCGCACGUAAAACGAGCUCUGGAUCGUUGAAGUCUACGAGCUCGUCUAGGUCGAGCUCGUCGGAAGCCACGUUCGCUCCACCAGGUUUGCCUGUUCGUCCCGCGCAACAGAAUCGCGACUCGAACAAUCAAGGUGGCAAUCUCGUCAUCCCCAACGCGACGAGCCGCUGGUCCGCGACAACCAUCUCGACGAUGCCGGCAACGGCAACCGCGAUGUCUACACCCGUCCUUCCACCUCUCCCGCUCUCUGGCACAGGCCAAAUUUCGAUCAACGAUCACGAGCGUUCUCGCCGGUCCACGAUGAAGAGCGUUGGUGGGAUGAUGCAAAGUCGUUGGUCAGCGUCGACUACGACCACUACCGUCACGACCACGAGCAACGGUAGUGGAAGCGAACGACUUUCUUCCCAAGAGGUCCCACCUGUCCCAGAACUCCCCCGCCCACUCCCUGUCAAGCCACUUCCUAACCCACCAGCGGCACCACGCAAUGCAAACGUCAUCUGA